UUAUGAAACCCUCAAAAUGGUGAAAUCACUGCGAUCUGACUUCUCAAUGGAGGAGAUGUGGCAGGAUGCUACGAUCAGGUUUAACGAACGUACCGGGAUCAAUAUCAACAUAAAGCCCCCGAAGACGUUAAACGAUUGUAUUAAAGAAUUAGAAGAUACUUCAGUUCCCGUCGAAUCUAGUGGGAAGAUAAAUAAGGAAAAAGUAGAGGAGUAUGGACUCAACGUCCUCCGGUGCCUGAAGUUACUUGGUGGCGUAGCCGCACAAGGAGCCGAGAUGUUCGCUUCUGCGCCAUCUAGUCUGUGCUUCAAUGCGUUGUUUUUUCUUCUGGAUAUUCCAGAGCAGUUGAAGAGCUUCCGCGAAGCAAUUGACGGGCUCUUCGAAACCCUUGCACCUUCUCUCGGUGUCUUUAGGAUAUACGAGAGAAUGGACCAAUUCAACGAGAUUGAGCCGGAGCUCAAACAGGCUAUUCACCAGGUGAUGAUUUGCUUUGUUGACAUUUGCGCCCUUUCUAUCCAGCUCCGAGACUCGGGAAAGUGGCACAAGUUCAAGUCUAGAAUGAAGUUCCUCAUGAUCCAGGAUGAUUCGGGUAUUAAAGCCGAGAUUGAAAAACUCGACAGGCUUACCAAAUCUCAUCAUUCGAUUCAGGCAACUCAAACUCUGAAGGUGGUACUAGAUACCAAGACCGAACUCACAGAAUACCUCGACAGGGAGUCGGAGAGAAGUCAGCAGAUAGCGACCGAUGUUUCGAGUCUCAAAGCAUCCGAUGACAAACGCAAUUCUGAAGAUACCAGGCGCAAAUAUGUUGCGAAUAUCAGGAAGAAACUGGGAAUUGAAGAAGCACUCUUCAAAUCUUUCAAUGAUAUGUGCGACAAGCCAAGACGGGAUUGUGUACCUAACACAGCACUAUGGCUUGUGGAGCGUCCCGAAUUUCAGCGGUGGGCCGAGAGAGACGAGAAGGAAUCAGAGACAUUGUUUGUCCUAACAGGAGCUCCCAACACAGGAAAAAGUGUUAUGAUAUCCUCAUUACUCCACCAUCUCCGCUCCAUAUAUGAGUCGUCCACUAGGUACGCACCGAGAACUCUAGUUUCUGCACACUUCUUCCCGAAUACCACAGCCAAGGAUGAUCAGGACAAGAGACCUAUUGCGACAGCCCUGAAAUGCAUCGCUAUUCAGCUUGCGGAGCAGGACAGCGCGUACGCCAAGUCUCUUUCUCAAGCUUGUGAUGGCAAGAGUGAGAACAUGGCUUUCUUUAGAGAUGCUAGCUGUAAAGAGCUUUGGGACUUCCUUCGCAUUAGUGCGCCUAAGGGGAGCGCGACACAUUAUCUUGUCCUCGACGGACUUUGUGGUUUACCGGAGGAAUCGUCAGAGAAUAGAGAGCAGAAGGAACAAUUGCUGAAUAUCAUCCAAAACUCAGUGCAGCCAUCAUUUCGGGUGUUGUUGUCCGCGAGACAGGAUAUGCUACCGAUCAAUGAUCGCCCCUCACAAUUGAAUAUUAAUAUUGAGGAAUAUAACAAGCAGGAUAUCGAGAAAUACAUCGAACAUUAUCUUGGGAAUAAUGAUAUUCUCCAAGAUGAUGAAGAUGAGCCGCUUAGAACAAAGGUUGUUCAAACUUUGGCUACGCAGGUGGGCGGCAACUUCAACAAAGCGAAGGCCGCGCUCGAAAAUAUCAGGGAGGUUAUCGCCUCUGAUGGAUUGGAGACGGAAAUUGACAGGGUAUUAGAAGAGUCGAGUAUGAACGAGAAGCAGAUAUCCAAGACAGUAAUUAGUCAGUUAGAGGAGAGGCUGACCGGGGAAGAAAUCGAGGAGCUCAACGAGCUUCUCAUCUGGGUCAUCUGUGGCAGAGUUUUCUUCAACAUCGAUGAACUCAACGCUGCUCUCAUUCUUCGUUCUAAAAGAAGAGGGACUCUGCGACUGAAGAAGAAGUUGGAGGGCAAGUACUCCAACAUCUUGAAGAUCAGAAAAGACGGUAGGGUCAGCGUUACCGACGAUAUGGAAGAGACACUCACGAAAAGGAGGGAGAAGCCGAGAAGUACUGAUGACAAUCCAACAUUUACCGCGACGAUAACGGUCACUAAGGGUGACCUGAGGAGUGUCCAGUCGUUUUUGUGGAGUUUAUCUCAGAAAGUUGACUCCUUGGCCCAUGACACAUUUGGAUUCGAGAAGAUCGCGGAACAGAAAGGUGUAAAGAACAAUAUACAACUAAACGAGGUGGAUGCAUGUCUGAGCCUACUCAGGCGAACUUUCAGUUUGCUUGCCAAUGAGCCUAACAAGGAGUCGGGACUUCUGGGUGACUAUCUUCUCAACUAUCUACCGCAGCAUCUCGAAGAACUCUGGGAAAAGUCAACUGGGUAUGACGAGCUCACGCUACCCCAAAAACAAGAGAUUGGCGAAGGUCUUUUCUCACUCUUCGUGAGUGGUGAAGCCAUCGAAAGGCAUUGGGCUAGCUGCCAAUCACUAAUUUUCUACAACACUCCCGGAGAAGUACAGAUCUUUCGCAGAUGGCUAGACGAUGCGAAUGUCACUAGUAGUUUAGGGCGUCUAGAUCGAGAGUGGUUAAAGAAAGUUAAGGAUAGUUCGAAUCCGAAUCAAGCCCUGCUCGAGAAUAUUAUGCGAAUGGUUGCCUGGCACUGGCUGUGUGACAGGGAGUGGGCUGCCGUGAGAGCAUUCGCGUGGCUGAAGGGAUUUCGAGAUAUGCCCACACAAGCGCUUCAGGAAGCAAACGAUACGGACGAUGGCGGGGUCAUAAACCCGGUAUCGACAACGGUUGAGGACGUUAUAGAGUGGUGCAGAGGAGUUCACCCCAUCACUACUGACGAAGAAAAGGCUCUUAUGAAUGAACGACUUGGAGAAACAUACGCUGCCGAAGGUCAAUAUUCGAAAGCGAUUGAGGCGUAUAAAAAUUCCAUUGAAUUGGCAAAUACUGGCUGGCAGUGCCUUGCGGGAUUGGCGAAGGCUCUUGCAGGAGAUAUGCAAUAUGGCAAGGCUUGUCAGGAGAUGGAAAAGGCAUUGGAUAUCCUGAAUAGUGAAGAGGUUUCGAAGAAAGAUGUUCUUCUCAGCGAGAAUUACAGCUGUCUCGCCGGGUGGCAAGUCGAGCUUGAGCAACCCAAGCGUGCGAUCGAAUACGCGAAACGGGCUAUCGACCUAAACCCAGACGAACACAGACAUCAGUUUGAGCUUCUGAAAAUCUAUCUCGAUAAUGAUUUUGCUAAUGAUGCAGUUAAUCUCAUCAGCGAAUUCGUCAAGGCCGAAACCCCUAAAAACGAAGUCAGCUUGUUCGGACAGGUCAUAAACGACAUGAUAUACGGCGGAAGGCUUGAUUCCAUGUUCGCCAAGUGUUUUAACGCAUUUGGCGGAAAUGCCGAGAUCUUUGCUGUUGUGCUGCAACAAAUGGAUCUUGUAAUUGAGCAGUCAAGAACAGACGAUCAUAUUCAUAAAACGGCCGUGCUGCUUCUCUAUAAAGGUAUCGCGAUCUAUUGCUAUGGUCCAGAUGAGCCCACGCGCGUCCAAAAGGCCUUGUCGUGCUGGGAUCAAUGCAUUGGACUUGGGAAAUAUUCCGGGGUCCCUGGUCAGUUAGGUGCCAUGAGUUGGAUGUGCGUUUAUUACUUCGACCAGAUUAACGAAUUGCUGAAAUCAGAGUCACCUGGUUCCGAUAUCUUUGUUGAAAAGAUGAGUGACCUGGCUAGUCAGACGCCUGCCUUAGCCAACAUUGAUGCGAAGACAUAUUUGGCAAGUUAUUACGCCAGGGUUGCCAAGGAUGUACCGAGGGCGCGGGAAGUCCUACAGGCACAUAUCGACUCAGCUUUCGACGUACUCUCUGAUGACGUCGAAGACAACGAUAGCGACGGUUACUAUGCCUUAGCAGAGGUUCUCUUGUACUGUGGCGACGAAAUAAACUCACUCUCUGCGUUUUUUCUCCCACUGCCACCGUCACCCACUAAGGAUGCAUUAUCCUGGAUUCUUGAAUCAGAAUCAGAACUAAAGCAACUCAUUGGUAAUGAACUAAUUGCUGCCGUUGAGAAGAAUUGCCCCACGGCUUCUGUUGAUGAUCAGUUGGAAUUCUCAAUUAAACGCCUACAGGAAAUUAUUGGCACGACAGAUAACGAUGAAGCCAGAAGUCCUCGCGAAACACCCGCCCCAGGGGAUAAUACAAACUCCAGUAAGGAACCUGUGGACACCAAUGGCAAUGUCGAUAGUGUGCCAAGUAUAGACAAUAACGUCAUCGAUGCAACGCAGGUCCUCAUAGCCGAGGACAAAUUCAAGGAAGUGGAAAAGAAGGCAGCCUACGAAGAGGUCCUAGCAAGGCUCAACAAAUGGUCUUAUGCACGAGAAAACGGGGCGAGACGCUGGUGUGAUGUCUGCAGUACCAUGUGGGAUAUUGACAAUGGAAUGAACCAUUGCAAGUAUUGUUGGAAUAUAGACUUUUGCGAUGGAUGUCUGGAUAAGUUGAAGGCCGGCACGCUCAAGAUGACUUCUUUCGAAACCCGGUGUAAUAAGAACCAUGAUUGGUUACGACUCCCCAAGUGGGAUAAAGAGACUUAUCUUCGCGGUCUUGGGAAGGCUGUGUACGUAGGAGAGCACGUUGAUAGCCAGGGGGCGCAUAUAGAGGGGAGAGAAAUACUUGCGUCUGAAUGGCUCGAUGGAUUGAAGAAGGAAUGGUGUGUAAAGGAGAAGGCCGAACAAGCUAUUGGCGGGACUGAGGAAGUAGGUGGCGUGGAUUGAUAAGGAUGUAGUGAUGGAAUAGGUACUCAAGGGUUGAACAGCAAUCAAUAGUCUCAAUUGUGCAUAGAAGUGCCAUGGAUGCUUCGCCAUUACAUAAAGCCGAGGUAGACAGAACAUCGUAGCUUACGAGAUAUAAUGUUCAGUUUUACUCCGCCUAAUCCUUUCUGUGGAUCUCGGCGCCGGCCCCACUCCGACGGUGUCCUCGGCGCCCGUCAACCUGUCCUACGAAAGAUAGAGAAUUGCUCAUUAUAACAUGGAAUAGCUU